UGUAUAUGCCGCUGAAGCCGCUGCAAUGGCCGACGAAACGGCCGAAGUGCGGUCGCUGCUGAUGCGUCACCGGCUGUCGAUCGUGCGGGAUUUGAUCGGCACCGCGUUGGUCCAGGUGCUGCUGAAGAGCGGCGUCCUGACGGCCGACCAGGAGCAGCAGCUGAGCGCUGAGCCGAGCCUGGACGUGCGGUGCGAACUGCUGAUCGAGCUGAUUGCCCGCGAUGGAUUCGAGAAAUUCAAGCACUUUUGCUACGCCAUCGAGUCCGAGUGUAGCCAGCUGAUAUCGGACCUGAUCAACGAUAAACUUUCACAAGUUGAUGGCAAUGACGAUGAUGCUGAUGCUGAUGAUGGCGACGGUGUUGGAGUUGGCGAAGCUGAAGGUUAUGAUGCCGCGAAUAUUACCGUCGUUGCCUCGGCCACCGUCCCGGCCAUUGCCGCUUCGGCGACCUACGAGGGUAAGUUUUUUGCGCGAAAGUGAGAAAACGUCGACCUACCGGGAGUCACGCACGACGAUUCGUCACUCAAAAACGGCAGGGAUACGAUCGACUCAAAUCGAUCGCGCCGAAGCACCAGCUACUGCGGAACCUCAACGCCGACACCGACGACGGCCCCGAUCAACAACACCGUUUCGUCGCGCCGAUCCUCCCUCAUCUCGGCCACGGCCUCGGCGGCCAGCAGUCAACAUCAGCCACCACCACCCAUCCCGCAGCUACCGUCCAAAUCCAUUGUCCUCGCCGGCUGUGAUAGCAAGUUCGCCGUCUCGAACAACAACUUUACCAACAACUCGCCCCAAAGUAACACUAGCAGUAGCAACAACAACCAAAGUAACAACCUCAACGGAGUCAUUGCGGGUGGUGGUGGUGGUGGUGGAGGUGAUGGCAUUCCCGUGCCCGGCGGCCUUGUCGGGGGCCUCCGGCAGGCGUUGGGGGCGCACAAGCGGCUGCAGAAGUCGGAAUCGGCCGCCUACUCCUACUUCAACCCGAAGCGGUUCAGCUCGCCACCGUUCGGCGAUCUCGGAGGCACCACCGAUCGGCGGCUCAACCUGAAGAACAAAACGGCCAGCCUGUUCCGGAGCAAAUCGAAGAAGGAGCAGCGCACGUACCGGUCGAUGAACGAAACGAUCGAGGUGCUGGCGGAUCAGGUGGUGGAGGAUGAGAAGGUGGUCGAACGGACGUCAUGGGACUACAGCACGGUAACGCUGUCCCGGGUGCCCGGCUAUGGCUUCGGCAUCGCAGUGUCAGGUGGGCGCGAUAAUCCUCACUUCGCCAACGGAGACCCGUCGAUCGCCGUGAGCGACGUGCUGAAGAAUGGCCCCGCCGAGGGCCAGUUGCAGGUAAACGAUCGGAUCCUCUCGGUGAACGGUGUGUCGCUGGAGAACGUUGAAUACGCCACGGCCGUGCAGGUCCUGCGGGAUAGUGGCAACACCGUGACGUUGGUGGUUAGACGGCGAGUCCCGAACCACAGCCUGAUGCAUCCACUUUCCGGCACGAACAUGCACUCCAUGCCCGGUAUUCCUGGUGCCGGUGGCGGAGGGGGAGGAGGCGGUGGAGUAGGAGGCCCACUGAAUGGGCCGGUGGGAGUCGGAGGCGUCGGUAGCGGCGGGAUGGCCCCGACCGGCGUUCCGGGUAUGAACUCGCACCAGCAUCAACAUCAGCACCAGCACAGCCUCAGCUCGACCGGGCUCGUCGGCCUGGGGGCGAACAAUGGAUCUCAGCAGCAAAUCAAAGUGAUCGUGACGAAGGCGAACAAAAAGGACGACUUCGGUAUCGUCCUCGGAUGUCGGUUGUUCAUUCGAGAAAUUUCCUCCAAAACGAAAGACCAGCUUGCGGCCAAUGGAUACUCGCUGCAGGAAGGCGAUCUGGUCACCCGGAUUCACAACACCAACUGCAACGACGCGAUGAGCCUGAAGGAGGCGAAGAAGAUCAUCGACGGGUGCAAGGAGCGGCUCACGUUGGCCGUUUUGCGCGAACCGAACGGGCUUGGGGCUGGUGCCGGGGCCGGGUAUGGGCCAGGGGCGGCCGGGGCCACCGGAGGGUCUGGCAUGCAGUCACCCGUCUACUCGCACACCGCGCAGGUUUCGAACUGUAGCAACAUGGACGAGAACUAUCUCAACGGAACGGGUGGGUCGUACUCGGGCCAAAAUCUGUACGUGCAGCCUCCAACGCGCCCGUCGGCCAUGAGCACCCUGCUGGCCGAUGACAAGAGCAACCUCACGCCACGAGGGCGCUCGAGGGGCCCACUGACGGACAUUUCGCUUCAGCAGCUCGACCGACCCAGCACUCCUCCGGGUACGUCGAGUCGCAGCACGGCCGAUGGGGCGGCGGCUAGCGGUGGGGGUGGCCAUUCGCGCUCGCGCAGUGCGGUGGAUGAACCGCCGCGGCCACCGCCACCACGGGGUGAAGACUUCUACGCCACGCGUCGCCAGCUGCUCGAUGAGAAGCCUCCGACCAGUGAACCGCGGUACAUCACAUUCCAGAAGGAGGGCUCGGUUGGCAUCCGGCUGACGGGUGGCAACGAGGUGGGCAUCUUCGUGACGGCCGUCCAGCAGAACAGUCCCGCCUCGGCCCAGGGCCUGGUGCCGGGCGAUAAGAUACUGAAGGUGAACGACAUGGACAUGAACGGAGUUACCAGGGAGGAGGCGGUGCUGUUCCUGCUCAGCUUGCAGGACCGCAUCGAUCUGAUCGUGCAGUACUGCAAGGAGGAGUUCGAUAACAUCACCGCCCAGCAGCGGGGCGACUCGUUCCACAUCAAGACGCACUUCCACUGCGACGCACCGACCAAGGGCGAGCUGACGUUCAAGGCGGGCGACGUGUUCCGGGUGAUCGACACGCUGUACAACGGGGUGGUAGGUGCGUGGCAGGUGCUACGUAUCGGCCGGGGCCACCAGGAGCUCCAGCGAGGCGUCAUACCGAACAAGGCACGUGCCGAAGAGCUCGCGACGGUGCAGUUCAACGCGAGCAAGAAGGACCAAAAUGCGUCCGAGUCGCGGGUCAGCUUCUUCCGGCGGCGUCGCUCGACGCACCGUCGCUCGAAAUCGCUAUCGCGUGAAAACUGGGACGACGUGGUGUUCUCCGAUGCCAUCUCGAAGUUCCCGGCGUACGAGCGCGUUGUGUUGCGGCAUCCGGGCUUCGUGCGGCCUGUGGUCAUCUUCGGUCCGGUGGCGGAUAUCGCUCGCGAGCGGCUCAUGAAGGACUUCCCGGACAAGUACACGGCGCCGCUGCAGGACGACGAUAAGGGUUCGUCGAAGUGCGGUGGAAUUGUGCGCCUCUCGAACAUCCGCGACAUCAUGGACCGGGGCAAGCACGCCCUUCUCGACGUCACACCGAACGCGGUCGAUCGGCUGAACUAUGCGCAGUUCUAUCCGAUCGUGAUCUUCCUGAAGGCGGACACCAAGCACACGAUCAAGCAGAUGCGCCAGGGUUUGCCGAAGGCGGCCCACAAGAGCAGCAAGAAGCUGUUCGAGCAGUGCCAGAAGCUGGAACGCGUCUGGUCGCACGUGUUCAGCACCACGAUCAACCUCAACGAUCCGGACACUUGGUACCGCAAGCUGAGGGACUCGAUCGAUCAGCAGCAGAGCGGCGCCGUGUGGAUGUCGGAGACUAAGCCCGUAGAGUCCCUGUCCGACGAUUUCCUCUUCCCGAUGACCACCUCCCGUCUGUCCUACGCUUCGAGCCCGGAGUCGGAUCUGGAGCUGAGCCCGGGCCCGUCGGCCUCCCUCUCAUUGGGCAACUUACCACAGCUGGUGAAGUCCAGCUCUGACCCAUCGAUCGCCACUAAUCAGGAUAACUUGGAUAGGGAUAGAGAACUCGGUGACGGCAUGCCACCACCAUACACGAAUCCCUACGAUCACGCGCCACACUCCCGCCGAAUGACCGUGGACAACAAGUAUGGGUUCGGCUCGUCGAGCAAGGGUGGCGGUGGCAGUGGCGUCCCUGGAGGACCGCUGAGUACCGAGGAUGCCAUCUACGGAUCGUCAACCUCCCGGCCAGCACCACCGAUUCAGCAGAGCACCCCGAAUGGUCCACACUUUGGAGCUGUUCCCGAUUUACCACCUCGCAUCGACCGGGCAUCGAAACCAGCGAACGCUAGCGGUGCCCCAAGCACGUCCGGAUCGUCGCUGCCCUCGCGGAACUCCAGCUCGGGCGGUACGCUCGGUCGAUCGGCUCAAGAGCGCCUUUUCGGAGGCAAACAAUCGUCCACGGACGCGCUGCACGAUCUGUCAUCGCACGAGGAGUACAGCAGUCGGAAUCAGCUGCUCGGACUAAGCGCUGGCGGCGGUCCGCCCGAUAAGCUACGCCAAGCUGGCCCUCUCGCUAUGGUGAACGGUGCGUCGACGAAUGCAACGACCGGGGCCGGUGCGAGCUCCCUUGAGCGCAAUCCGGCAGCGAACACCUCACUUGACCGUGGUGGUGGUGGUGGCGGUCGUUCUGGUGGCCACCAUCAGCAUCCAGCGGCGGCCGCCGGCAGUACGAACACGCCGAGCAAAGCGAACGGCUCGUACGACAGUGUGUCCAGCUACGAUUCGUACAACACGGCGUCGCAGCUGACCGCACAGAAUAUGAGGUUAGGACCCAAUGCACCCGAUGAUCUGAAAUCGGUGCCAAACACGCGCAACGGAACGCAUCCGAUGGUGCCAAAUCAGGCUGGUCUGGGAGAGUAUGGCCGCAACCCAGCAAUGAACCCUGCCUCCGAUAUGCUGCUAACGACGGCCAGGAGUAAUUACAAUGGCGCCGGAAUGCACGAGCCGCUGACGCAACGAAACUCGGGCGAUCGGUCCGGCGGUGGCAUGAACUUGCCGCAGCGACCAACGAAUCUCGUCCUCGACAGCCCUCGGAAGCAUAUGAUCGAAACGAAAACGGAUUACGGCAAAUACAGUCGUAAUAAUUCAGCCUCGCAGGCGGACUACUCGAAACCGAACAAAGGGCCUUCGAUGAUCGGUUCGCCAGGACCUCCGCCUGGUGCCAUGGUUGGUGGAGCCCUAGGUAAUGGUGGUGCCCCCUUCAAACCGGUUCCGCCACCAAAGCCGAAGAACUAUCGGCCACCGAUCGGUGGAGGCGGCGCCGGCAGCAACGGUUCCGGAAUGCACCACUCAGGCCAGUGGGACAAUGGGGAACCCAUUUCGCCACGGUCACCGGAUGGGUUCUACUACCCACCGAUGGCAUCGUCCCAUUACCACCAGGGUAUGGCCCACAACGUGCCGAGCUCGCCGAACAAUGGGGCGACGGGAGCGCACGGACCGAUGCCACCGAUGCACCCGUACAACCCGUACGGCGUUGGCGCUGGGGCAAACGGGAACGGCGGUGGCGCCAGCGGUGGACCGAUGUACAACGGCAACGCCAACGGUAGUCAUCACUCCUACAUGGGCAAUGGUGGUGCACGGGAGCAAAUGGCAAUGGGGGGUGCGAGCAAUGGUUAUAACAACGGUAACAACGCACAAUACCCCUACGGCAAUACUUACAUGCAUAGAGGUAACGGGGCUGGAACUCAUGGCAUAGGCAACAUGCCAGCGCUGCAUCCCUCCGAUCGGCAUGCGCUCGAUCUCGCCGGAAGUCGGGAGCAGCGUGGCUCGGCCUUCGAGCUGUACCGCAAGCCGCAGCUAGGCACCGUGGUCGGGCACCACCACAACAUACGAGACAUGGAGCCAAUGAUGUCGAUCCAUGAGUUCAACCAGCAUCAGCAGCACCUGAUGCACCAGGAGCGGAUGCGCCACCUGCAGCGGCAACCCUUGCCACCCAUACCCGGCCAACCGCCCGGCCCGUCUCACUACGAUCCGUCGCUGCCGCCCGAGCUGCCGGCCAAGCCGCCGAAGAAGAACAUUCUCAAGUCGCCCCUGAAGGCGAUCCGGAACGCCUUCAUCAAGUCCACCCGGCCCCUGCGGCGGCAGGUCAGCCUGGCGGGCGAUGCGGACAAGAAGUCACUGCGGCCAAUACUGAAGCGGCAGCACUCGAUGAUGGAGCCCCGAGUGGCGCGAAUGAUGAGCGGUCAGCAGCAACAGUAUGACCCACGGGCCGUCUAUCCUCAGCAGCAGCAGCAGGUGUACUAUAACGAUCCCCGGUAUGGGCCGGGAUAUCAGGGACCGUACUCGCCCCAGCUGCCCCGAGGAGGUGGCGGAGGGUACGAACGACACGAGCCGUACUACCCGAAGGACGCGAACAGUACCUACCAGAACCUGGAGAUGGAGUCGAUCUACGGAAACGGCGGAGGAAGCUCGUACUAUGGCCACUACCGGCAACAGCAGCUGCGGCAGCAGCAGGGCCAAGCAGAGUACUACCAGCAGGACGAGAACCUGUACGCCAACCGGGCACUGAUCGAGUUGGAGCGUGGUCGCGGUCAGCUGGAACCGGGCGCGACCGUCAGUACGCUCGGGCGAAGGAUUGUGCGACGCCACAGUAUGGCCGAUCGGACGGCACCUUCGCCGAGCUUUGGUCAGCUGAACCGGCGCCGUAUGGGCUCGGAGCGGGCACCGAACCAUGCGUCCAUAACGGACCAGCCGCACCACCGAACUCACCACCACCACCACCAGCAACGGACGGUGGAGGGAGCGGAUGAGUCGAUCUACCAGAGCAAAAGCGGCUCGUUCCUGUACAAUGAGGCAAGGGAGCACUCGCGGCGGGCCGGGCUGGAAGACCCGGUGUACCAGAGCCGACGGGAGAUGCACCGGGACCAUCUGUACCAGAGCAAGAAACAAAUGCAAGAUCGCAUCCAGCAGAGUCGUAUGGUGGAAAUGCAGCAGCAGCAGCAGCCUUCGUCGCUGUCCGGCAACGGUAGCACCGGAACGACCGGGAACACAAGCUCGGCUACAAAUACCACCGGUCCUAGUGAUCGCUUCCUGCGCAACCAGGGUGUCACGCCGGGUGCCAGCGGGGGCUCGUGCUCGAGCUCACCGAACUCGCCGUCGAGCAGUUCGUGCAAGAGCGGCUACUCGUCGUCCCGCAACGGCGAACUCCGGGAGCGACGCAGUCAGAUGCGCGACCAGAUCUACCAAUCGCGCAAGGAAGCGAUGGAAUCGAUGGCCGAACCGGUGUACGUCUCGCGCCGGGAGCUGAAGCACGAACCGAUCUACGAGUCGAAGAACGAACUCGACGGAUGCCAGCCGACGGCUCCGGUGUCCGAGAUGGCCAGUUUGCAUAUAGGCGGGUCGCAGGAAGCGGCCGAGAUACUCGAGCACAAAACGCUGCCACCCGCAGUGGUGAGUGGCGAAGAAGAGCAGAGACCCGUACGUGGUUCCACCUCGUCCGCUCCUUUGGCCGCCGAAGAGGAUGACGAUGAGCUGGAAGACGAUGAACACGAGGAGGGCCAAUCCCAGGAGCGCACCCUUACCGUGAGCAAUCAGAACGAUUCCGACCUUGGCAAGGUUGUCAGCGGACCCAUCGCCACCUCGUCCCCGGUGCUCGGUAUGGGAACACCGAAGAGUGCCCGGGCUUCUCACAUUUCUAACUUCCUCAAACGAACGGCUCCACCGGUCAUGCCACCGCCACCACCACCACCAGCCGGGGCGAACCGUACACCGACGCAACCGCCGGAUCCGGCCGUCUACGCAAGCCGCACGUCCAUCGAGACGCAGUACACCACGGCCACCGGGGCCAGCUCGCAGAUGAGCCUCCCGAUAGGUCCCCCGAACGCAACCAGCACACCGUUCGUGAGCGAACUGUCGCUCGGACUGCCGCCACCCCGGCAACCGAUCACCCGCCGCGGGCUGUUCGAUGCCACCGGCGGCAGCCUGGCCGAUCCGGUCUGGAACGUCUCGCUGCAGAUACCGCCCGGUGCGAUCGCGCCCGGCGUCAAGCAGGAGAUCUACUUCACCGUCACCGAUCCGCGGCUGAGCGAAAGCGUCGGCGGCCCACCGCUCGACAUGGAGAAUGGUGAAACGAUGCUGUCGCCACUGGUGAUGUGUGGCCCGCAGGGCACCGAGUUCCUGAAGCCGGUCACGCUCAACAUCCCGCACUGUGCCGGCCGUACCGCGUCGCUCGGCCUGUCGCUCAAGGCGACCGAUAGCGAGAAGAACCUGCAGACCGACUGGGAGGACAUCGAUCUGCCGAGUAACACGGCCGCCCACACCGUCUCCGUCAAGGUGGACCACUUCUGAGGAGUGGUGCGCUCCCAUAUCUCUCUUCUGCCCACCAACUCCCCGCCAUCCGAUCGACGAUCAAACACAAGCAGCCACAAUCGCGUACCGAUACUUUUGUGCCUUUGAUUUUUGUUUUGCUCACGUGACGUGAUUUAAAAAAAAAUUGGCUUUCGCGAGCACACCCCAAUUUCAUCGUGAACGGUAACGAAAGAGGGGAUUUCUUUUUUUUGUUUUUGUAGUAAGAUUUUGUAGUUUUGCUUACCAACGCAUCUUUGCCAUUUUAUCGUAGACGAACAUCCCGGAGCUGGAUAGAUACUUUAAGAAGAGUCGAUCAGUCGAGGUUUUUUUUUCGUUUCUUUUAAACUGAAAGCAUCCAGUUGCAAAGAAUAGUUAGGGGAAAGUGUAAAUAGUGAGUAAGAAUGGGGCGAAGAACAUUACUCGGCUUUUCUAGCAGUAAGAUUAUCAAUUCUACCAACCUACCCGUCAAGGGUUUUCGUUUCUACAGCGCGAGAUGGAAACGUGAUAGUUUUGUAUGAUGUAAAUAAAAGAUGUAAGUAGGUUUUAUACAUUUGUUUUUUUUUUUCAAACGGAAUGUUCUUCAACAAGUAGGUAGGAACGUGUAUGCUCCUCGAUUUUAUAACGUUAAAAUGUAGAUCGAACGAACGAAAGAAACAAUAGAAACAGGUGCGAACAAAUCAACCGGCGAAGCGAUAGAAUCCGUUAAAAGAUAGUGCUUCGAAAGGUUCGUCGGAAACCACAGAGGAUAGGGAGGGGGUACCGUGUGGACACAAAACUCCCAAACGUUGCCAGUGUUUAGCAUUCGAAACGUGGGGGAAAUGUCUUCCCAUAUGGUAGGAGAACUUGUCAGAGUUAUAUUAAAAUGUACGUAAUUUGUAGCAUGGUUUUUGUGCUAUACCGACGAAGAGAGAGAGAGAGAGAGAGGGAGAAAAAGAGAAAAACAGAAGGAAACGAUGAAGAGGUUUAUCACCUCCACUACCGUAUCGAGGAGAACCAUGGAAAAUAGAUUUACUGAUGUAUUUUUUGUUUAUGAAUUGAAUAAAAUUUUGAAUUUAUUAUGAAGAA